GGUCGUCACUACUAGUGACUGGGGAGUCGAGGUUUUAACGCAGACAAAUCAAUCGCGCGUAAAAGUGCGCACGCGACGAACGAACUUGUUCGUCGAAAUAUUAAAAUAAAACGAAAUAUAGUGUAUAAGACCUCGUUGCAAAUAGAUUUUUAGUGAUUAUAAAAACAAUAUUAGUAGCGAUACAGUUAUAAUAAAUGAUCUUUGUAUAAAUUGUGCAACAGCUGAUCGCUCGCUCUGUUUACAUUGUUACAAACUGUUCAAACUUUCGUAUUGGAAUUCGGUAUUGGAUAUGAUCUAAUCGCGUAGAAUAUAUACAUAUAAUAUAUUUAUUAGUGUGGUAAUUGGUGCUAAGUGAUUUGUAGUAUUUUGGAAUAUCCGCUGGAUAUAUGUGUUACGAAGUUAUAAAUUGACAUCGGUGCAAUGGGUGCCGUCAAGAGCAAGUUUUCAAACUGGUUUUCGAGAUGCACAUGUUGCAAGGGCUCAAGAUCGAAUUCGUACGAUCUCAAUGAUCUGCCGCGACCGCGACAAUUGAACAUCACGGACGAUGUUGACUAUGGAACCAAACAAGGCGUGCUCGCUGUUCAAGGCAUCGAUUUUUGCAUCGAAACUAAUGGCGAGGAUCAUCAUACAAGUAAAUUUAACCUGAUGACAAGGAAUGUCGACAGGUGUCUAGUCAUUCGACGAGGUCAAGCGUUCAAAUUGGAUCUGCUGUUAAACAGACCAUAUGACGCUAACAAAGAUGCUCUUUCCUUUAUAUUUUACGUUGCAGAUGUGGUAAAGCGAGGACCGUCCGAUGACUCAUCAGCGGCAGUUCCUUUGCUGGAAAAAGGAUCUGAAAUUGUUGGAGGGUGGAAUGUGGUCUACGAAGGUCAAAUGGAUUCUCAUUUGAUGGUGGCAGUGACCGCAGCAGCUGAUUGCAUUGUCGCUGCAUGGCGAAUUGAUAUCGACACAAAAAUCAGUGGAGGCGGUUCAUUAAGUUACACACACCCUCAACCUAUUUACAUACUCUUUAAUCCAUGGUGUUUGAAUGACAGCGUAUAUAUGCCAGGCCAUAGUCAUCGAGAAGAAUAUGUUCAGGAAGAUGGUGGACUAAUGUAUAGAGGCGUAUAUAAUCGUAUAAAACCCACGCCGUGGAACUAUGCACAAUACGAGAAGGAUAUUCUGGAUUGCGCUUUAUAUCUAGUCAGGGAUGUCGGAAAAGUAAAAGGGCGCGCAAGAAGCGAUCCCAUUAAAAUAGUUCGGGCCUUAUCAGCAGCUAUAAAUGUACAAGAUGAUAAUGGAGUUCUGCUUGGAAACUGGAGUAGUGACUUUGGUGGAGGUACGAGCCCAUUGAAAUGGGUCGGUUCAUUGAUGAUAUUGCAGAAGUACUACGAGAAGAAGAAGCCUGUGAAGUAUGCCCAAUGUUGGGUUUACGCAGGGGUUCUGACCACUGUUUGCAGAGCCUUAGGUAUCCCAUGCAGACCAGUGAGUGGCUAUGAUGUAGCACAUGACAGUCAAGGCAGUCUAACCAUAGAUAUAAUCAUGGAUGAAGAUGGAAAUACAAUGGAAGACUUUACGAGAGAUUCAGUUUGGAAUUAUCAUGUCUGGAAUGAGGUAUGGAUGGACCGUCCCGACCUUGGAUCCGAGUACAGUGGCUGGCAAGCUGUGGAUGCAACACCUCAGGAGACUUCUGAGGACUUGUACCGAUGUGGGCCUGCGUCUCUUCAGGCGGUACGCAACGGUGAGGUGCAGAGGGCGUACGAUGCUCUCUACGUGUUCGCGGAGGUCAACGCUGAUAAGGUAUUAUGGAAAUACUCCGGAGAAAUACAGCCAUUGAAAUUGCUUAAACGCGACACAGUUACAAUUGGUCAAUUUAUAUCAACUAAAGCCAUUGGAAGUAUGGACAGGGAGGAUAUAACGAAUCUAUAUAAGUAUCCAGAGAGGACGCGCGAGGAGCGCGCGACUAUGGAAAAGGCUUUACGUAGAUCUGAGCAUCUGUUCGCGCGGUACUACCUCAACGAUGCUUUCAACGAUGUUAUUUUUGACUUCGAACUAAGGGAUGACAUCAAAAUUGGACAGGACUUUAAUGUGGUUCUACAUAUGAGGAAUCGUUCUUCUGAAAACCAGCAUCAAGUGAAGGGAGUACUCCGAGUGGAUACCGUAACUUAUAAGGGCGUAACCGGCGAUGGGGUGAAACGCUACGAAUUCGAUACCACACUCGCUCCGGAAGCUAAGGAAGAAGUGAAAAUGCUAGUCACUUUUGAUGACUAUUAUAAAAAAUUAGUGGAUCAGGCAUCGUUUAACAUCGCAUGCAUUGCAACAAUAGUAGAAGCGAAAUACGAUUACUUUGCACAAGAUGACUUCCGAGUACGAAACCCAGACAUCAAGAUCGUGAUUGAAGGAAAGCCGGUCUCCAGGCAGGAGUUCACUGUCACCGCUAAACUCGAGAACCCGCUGCCUAUCCCGCUAAAAAGUGGCAAGUUCUACGUGCAGGGUCCGGGCUUAGAUCAACAGCUUAAGAUUCCGUUGGACGAGAAUGUGGCACCUGGAGCUGUAGCAACAGUGCAGUUCAAGUUGACCCCACCGUGGGCGGGUCGUCACCAGAUCUCCGCCAAGUUCGACUCCAAGGAGUUACACGACGUCGAUGGAUUCCUCUCAUUCCUCGUUUCCAUGCCUUCGGAAACUAAUGGAUACACGAACGAUGUUGCCGAUGGUAAUCCUAUUUAAGUAUGAACUAAAAAAACUGUUUGGCAGUUUAGGAUGAAAUUUAAAGUGAUUGUUAGCAACAACUUAUGUAAAGUUUAUACAAUGCUAUACGUAUUACAACGUAAAUUUCUUAGCAGGUUUUAAAUAAUAAUGUGACUAUCAGCAUUAAAAACUAUGUGAAGUCUAUACUACAAUAUUUGUAUUUGUAAAGUCUAUCACAGGAUUCUGUUUGACAAAAAAUUUGCUAAUAGGUAUUGUAUACCUAAGAUUGAGAAUGUCUAGAUAUUAGAAAAUAAGCUACAGAGACUAGUUAGGUAUAUCAUGCAGAUAACACUCGUAAUUAUUACUGUAAAAGGAUCAGUUGAAUGGCUGAACCGAAAAUGAUAAUAAAUUAAUUCAAUUCACAUUUAAACACUGAUCACAAUUUAUUAAACCAGUUACUAUGUUAUGAUUGAUAUAAAUGCCAUAGAUAGGACUACUAAAAUAUAUCUACUUAUAUUAUUAGGUACUAUUAUUAAAUGAAUAAAAGUUUUGUUUCUGUAAAUAAUUUGAAAUAUAUUUUGUAAAAAUGAAUUCAAACCAACGAUUUGAAAAAUAUAUAAUUAUUGUAGUUUGAACAGUUUUUGGUCAGGUCUACUCUUGAAUCCAAUAUCGAUAUUAAUCCAAUCUAUUGCCAAUGACAAUUUUAUACCGUACUCAUGAAACUACAAUUAGGAAUUAGGUGAGAAUUGGAAUCGGUUUUGAUUGAUUGACAAAACUAUAAAUCUAUCUAUUUAUUUACUUAUACUUUAUUGUACAUAAAAUUACAAACAUAUAAUAUAUAUUAAAUAAAGAUGUAUAACAGGCGAACUUAACUCUGUAAGAGUUCUCUUCCAGAUCUAUCAGAUCAAUAUGGCACCAUUAUGUCGCUAUUCGAGAGUGCGGAACGUCUCAAAUUCAGUAUCGAUUUAUUGGAAUUUAUUUCAAGAGUAACCCCACAGGUUUGAGAAUGUAACUUCGUAUUAUUAGUUUACUGAUAAUACAAAGUAUGUAAUAGAUAGUAACACAGUAAUGCUAAGGAAAAAUUCAAAAUUAUUUUAACAAUUUUCCAAUAAAUUGUAUUAUUUUUGUGUAAGAUGCAAAUAAAUGUAGAUGCAUUUAUAUCCUAUUUAUAGAUGAUGAUCAUCUAUAGAUAGAGCCAAAUUAACAUAUACUUAAAAUAUAGUUAUGUGAAAAAGAAUUUUUUAAAUAUCUUCACUGUUAUUCAACCAAGAACAAAAUGAUUUUAGUAAAACUAAAUGACUGCAUGUGAUCUAAACAAAAUUUUGUUGUAUAUUAUAUUUUUAAUGUAAGUUUAUUAAAUUAAUAUUGUUAAAUAGACAGUAACGUUGACUUAUUUUAAAAAAUAAAAUACAUAUAUAACCAUAUAUUUAUUGAAGAAAAGUAUUUGAAACUUGACUUUCUAUCAGGAAA